GAAACAGCUGUUGCUUGACGUAUUCAUUGAGAAGUUUACAUUAUUUCGUACUUAUAGCUAAUGUUAUAUUUAUUUGUAUUCAUUUUGUAAAGUGCGAUUAAUUUACGACGAUAUGACUGCAAAUCCAAAUGAAAUGGAAAUGUUGCGCAAAGCAAUAAGAUUACUACACUCACCUCAUCCAAAUUCUGCGGUUGAGCUAAGGUUAAUGCUGGAUGAAGCUAUAAAACAACGUUUUGGCCCGGAGCUUAUGAUAUCGAAUAAUAUGAGCAAAAGUCUAAUGGAACUGGAAGCUAACUUUCCAGGUCGUGCCGCAACACCGCCACCUCCUCCCGAACAUCCAACGACAAUGGAUCAAGACCCCACUGUAGAUGAAGUUAUUAAUUUAACUGGUUCUCCUGCGAAGACCAUAUCCGAUUCUCCAGAUACUAUAAUUGACUCUGAUGAUGGCGCAAAUAUUGGCGGAGCAAUGCUUGGAGGCGGCGAUGAGGAUGUUAAUCUAAAGGAGUUUGGCGAUUUAAAUUGUGCUGUUUGUGGUGAAAUGGUUUUUACUGCUACAAAUCGCUUAAUCGAAUGUUCAAAUUGUGGUACACUUUACCACCAAGAAUGCCACAAACCACCUAUCACUGAUGAAGAAGCCUCCGAAGGUCAAGAGCACAAUUGGCAAUGUGAUAAUUGUCUUAAUAAGCCUUCUACUAGUAAGGCAGCGGGGGUUGUUAUUGAAGAACCAAUCUCAUUAAUAUCGAAGACAAAGUCAUCAGCUACAUCUUCACGUUCCUCAUCGACAUCAAACUCGUCCUCGCCUUUUGCAAUCAUACAGGCAGAAACACCUACAUCCACUUCAGCUGUUCCAUCUGUACAAGUGCCGACAAUGUCCACAAGUAGGCAUCAUCAUCAUAAAAGCUCCCGGUCUCAUAAGGAAGACCGUCCUUCUUCUAGUAGUUCAAAGACUGUAACAUCAACCAGUGCCGUCAAUCCAACUUUCAAUGUCGUCAGUGCAAGUGAGAAGAGCUCUUCACAUUCGUCAAAGAAGUCAUCGUCGCACUCUUCUUCAUCCAGUAAAUCAUCGUCAUCGAAGUCGUCCUCAAAACACCAUGACAGUAAUAAGCGUAAAGCAAAGUAAACUUAAAAAUAUAAUUACAUAUCCGUUUCAUAUUAUUUCAAAUAACAGCAUAAGUAAAGUAUUUUUUUUUUUUUUUUUU